CAGCAUUAGCUUAAUUGACAGCCCAAGUAAUCGCAAACACCAAACCGCCAUAUGAUCCCGUCAGGACCCAACCGAUUAAAUAAUAGGGGAACGGAAUAAUGUCAGAUAAAGGUAUUGGCGAGAAAGUAGACCCUCCCAAAGCACAACCGGGAGAUGGAAUAAGAUCACUCCGUUCCACGACCCUCUUCCGUGUGGUCAACUACGAACUCUACGCGAAGCCAAACAUCGUCAUCAUGUCUAUCGGUCUUGCCGCCUUUGGGCUCGCGCUAGGAUACGUGGCCUACAUGCGGUCCAAGUACGAAGGCAUGGGAUACUACUCGGCGGUGCAGGACGACGGCAGCGAGGUGUUCGUGAAGAAGCGCUCUAAGUGGGAGAACUGAAACGCCGCCGGCUUCGAGAAGUGUAUCAAAAAGGAAAAUUUAAUUUAUUUAUGCCGUUAUUGUUGUUGACAAUUUUGAACAUUUAGAAUAGACGCGUAAACAAAUAA